UUCGCAACCUAUGUACAUUGUGAUGUGACAAAAGAAGAUGAUGUUGAAAAUGCAGUUAACAUAGCAAUAUCAAAGUAUCAAAAACUAGACAUAAUUGUAGCAAUAGAUGAUGCUAAGCCUAGCAUUCUUGACAAUGACGUGGCGGAUUUCGAGCGCGUUCUUAGUGUCAACAUUACAGGGCCUUUAUUGGGAAUCAAGCAUGCAGCUAGAGUGAUGAUCCCAGCCAAAAAGGGUAGUAUUGUAAAUAUAGGGAGUGUAAGUUCAAGCGUUGGAGGAGUUGCAACUCAUGCGUAUACAAGUUCCAAACAUGGCUUGAUUGGACUCACAAAGAAUGCAGCUGCUGAGCUUGGAAAAUUCGGCAUAAGAGUGAAUUGCUUGUCACCUUACUUCGUUGCUAACAAUGCUGGAAUUAGAGGUUUCUUCAAACUUGAUGAUGAAGGGUGUUCAAAUGUUUAUUCCAAUCUUAAAGGGAUUCGUUUGCUGGAAGAAGAUGUAGCACAAGCUGCACUCUAUUUGGCUAGUGAUGAGUCCAAAUACAUCAGUGGUCAUAAUCCAGCUAUUGAUGGUAGUUUUACAACUAUUAAUCCAAUGUUCGGUUUGUUUUCGCAAUCUUAA